UUUAGAAACCUAUGUUCUUUGGAAUAUUUUAAUACAAUAUAACAGGAAUUUAUUUGCAACAAAGUCGGUUUAACCUCAAAGAAAAUCUUCAAUACAGCUAUGUAAUUGUGAAUAUGAUUACGUAAAAAUUUGUGUAUGGUAUAGGCUGUGGACUGCUUUUAGGCGUGCAUAGUGUAAUAUGUGUUUUUUCGAUUUGCUGAUUAUAAAAUGGCCCUCCGCGUGUUUAAUUAUUUGACAUCGUCGUUUAAUAUUUGUAAAAAUAUAUUUCCUUGUUCUGUUCGGGUUUGUAAUAAUACAAAUUUAUGGAAGGCAGUUGAGGUUAGGUUUGUUAGUGGUGUAUCCGAAGAUUCCUCAGAUGCUGACGGAAGAGGUUUAUCAUUGUUGAAUGCAGGAUGUUCUAGCAAACUUAAUGAAUAUCGCGAUUCUCGGCUUCUGAAGAUAGCUAUAAUUGGGGUCCCAAAUGUUGGAAAAAGUACUGUCAUAAAUAAGCUGAUAGGACGAAAGGUUUGUUCUAUUUCAAGCAAAGUGCAUACUACUAGGUGCAAGGCAAGAGCAAUUGGAAUUGAAGGCGACACACAGCUAGUGUUUCUGGACACCCCUGGACUAGUCAAUUCUGAUGAGUCACAACGGCACCAUCUUGAACAUUCAUUUCGUUCUGAUAGUGAGAUAGCCAUGUUAGAAGCAGACAUCAUAGGAGUUGUACAUGAUGUAUCAAACACUUGGGCACGAGACAGGCUUGAUCCAAAAGUGUUACGUCUGCUGUACCUAUAUCCUAUGAAGCGUUCUUUUCUUAUACUUAACAAGAUAGAUGCAUUGAAAAGCAAGAGGAAACUGCUGGAUGUUAUCCGUCUUCUCACAAACAAUUCCUUGGCAGGACAAUCAAAGAUUUCUGGACAUAAGCCAUCAUCGGUAACAGAUUAUGCAGAAUUUGUAGAUCAUCAGAUAUCAGACAAGAACCAUAAUUAUCCAGUAAUGGAUGAAGUGGACUCCCACAAACUCUCAGAACUGCAGGUCCAAAGGAAGGUUCUAAAUGAGAGGGGAUGGUCCCACUUCACAGAAGUCUUUAUGGUGUCAGCCCUCUUGGGUGAUGGCAUAAAUGAUAUCAAGGAUUACUUGCUUCAUAUAUCAGAAUUCUCACCAUGGCUGUUCCCAGUGACUAAGUUCACAGAUCAGCCUUCAGAAACUAUAAUAGUAAAUACCGUACGCUCGAAGCUAUUGGACCAUUUGCCUCAGGAGAUUCCCUAUAAUCUCACCACAACUAUAGAAUACUUUGUUGUUGGAAAGGAUGGAACCAUAUCAACAGUGGUACUUGUAGGAUGCCCAUCAAUUCGACUUGAGAGAUUGGUAGUGGGGUCUCGUGGACUAAGGAUUCGGACAAUAGCUCUUGAAGCAGAGCAAGAAUUGCAGAGUACAUUCAGACAACCAGUUCGACUGAAAGUGGUUGUUACAAACAAAAGCCAAACACUUCGUGCGUCUCAAAACACAAGGUUCUCUUAGCCCUCUAGUACUGUGACUUGUUAAAAAUACAGCACUCAUACCAUA